AUGGUAGGAAGUGGGCAACGUCUUCAAUGUGCCGACCUUGUCCGCCAAGUUCCGCUUAGCAUUCAGGGGUGUUUUCUCACCAUGGACUUCUUUGUCCUGCCUAUGCAUGGCUCUAACUUUGUCUUAGGUAUUUUGUGGCUCGCUACUUUGGGUCGUGUGGUGACUGGCUAUGGCCAAUGGGUAUUUGAAUUUGUGUUGAAUGACCAGCAGGCCCAGUGGGUAGAUGUUAUUGAUACCUAUUACCAUUUGGAGUUAAUUGGGACUUCACUUCCGAAGUCCCCUGAUCCUCCUCGGGCAUUGUCUACUUUAUUGGAGUCAUUCGAAGAUAUAUUUACUAAGCCACAUUGUCUGCCACCUGCGAGACCUCAGGACCAUGCUAUUCAUUUGACUCCUGCUGAUGGGCCUGUCAAUGUGAAGCCAUACCGGUAUCCAUAUUUUCAGAAACAAGUGAUGGAAAGAUUGGUUGAGGAAAUGCUUGCUGAAGGUAUUAUCCGUCCAAGUACCAACCCCUUCUCUUCCCCUGUGUUGCUUGUUCGUAAGAAAGAUGGCUCUUGGCAUUUUUGUGUUGAUUAUAGGGCCUUGAAUGCUACCACCAUACGCGAUAGGUUUCCAAUUCCCACAGUUGAUGAAUUAUUUGAUGAAUUACAUGGUGCAAGGUAUUUUUCUAAACUCGAUUUGUUGUCCAGGUAUCAUCAGAUUCGAGUGCGCCCAGAGGAUAUUACAAAGACAACAUUUUGCACACACGAGGGCCAUUAUAAAUUUUUGGUUAUGCCUUUUGGGCUUUCUAAUGUACCCUCCACCUUCCAAGCCACGAUGAAUGUCGUGUUUCGCCUCUUUUUGCGACGAUUUGUAUUGGUAUUUUUUGACGACAUCCUGGUUUAUAUCCCAUCCUGGGAGCUUCAUUUGGACCACCUCCAGUGUGCUCUAUCCACGUUGAGGCAACACAAGUUGGUUGCUAAGUUUGCUAAAUGCACAUUCGGUCAGGAAACAAUGGAGUAUUUAGGUCAUGUGUUAUCACAACAAGGUUUAUUAGUAGAUCCUACAAAGAUUACCACUAUUCAACAGUGGCUCGUGCCUCGCAAUGUUAAGGAGGUUCGCAGCUUUUUGGGGCUCGCCGGAUAUUACCAGCAUUUUAUCCAUAACUAUGCUAUGAUUGCUAGCCCAUUGACAGAUUUGCGUCAUGACUCUUAUUCUUGGACCCCUCUAGCUCAAACUGCCUUUGAGACUAUUAAGAAUUGUCUCAACUCUACGCCGGUGUUGGCUUUACCUGACUUCACUCAACAUUUUCAAGUUGAAACUGAUGCGUCAAGAACCAGCAUUGCGGCUGUUCUCUCUCAGAGAGGUCAUCCAAUUGCAUAUUUUAGUCAAAAGCUAUGUCCUCAAAUGCAACAUGCUUCUACUUAUGUACGGGAAAUGUUGUCUAUCACUCAAGUUGUUAGCAAAUGGCGCCAAUAUCUAUUGGGGAGACACUUCACCAUCAUCACUUAUCAGCAAGCACUUAGGAACCUCACUAAUCAAUUGUUUGACACCUUACGACAAGCCAACAAUGUGCAUCCCGAAUUAUUGUCUAUUCACCAUGGCCUUCAAUCUGAUCCUACUGCAUAUCCCGAUUAUUUGUUUCGUGACAGGCUCUUAUUCUUUAAAGACCGCUUGGUCCUGCCUACAGAUUCGCCACUUCGUUUACACUUAAGCCAUGAGUUCCACUCUUCACCAAUCGGGGGACAUUCUGGCAUUGCUCGUACCUUUCAUCGUUUAUCCUCCAAUUUUUAUUGGAAAUCCAUGCGGCAUGACAUCAAGGUGUUUAUAGCUACUUAUCCCACUUGCCAGCAAAUGAAGGAUCUGCAUCAUCAUCCAGCUGGCUUAUUACAGCCCCUCCCGAUUCCAGAACAAGUCUUUGAGGAGAUCGCCAUGGAUUUUGUGACUUGCUUGCCUGCAUCUCGCGGCAAGAAAACCAUCAUGACAGUAGUUGACAGAUUAUCGAAAUAUGGCCAUUUCAUACCCUUGCUAGCUACUUUCACGGCCCUGACUGUUGCGGAGGCUUUUGUUGCUCACAUCAUAAAGCUUCAUAGUCCUCCGAAGUCCAUUGUCACUGAUCGUGACCCCCGUUUCUUACAUAUGUUCUGGCAGGAACUAAACCGGCUCCAGGGAACAUCUUUAGCCAUGAGCACUGCUUACCAUCCCCAAACAGAUGGCCAAUCUGAGGCGCUCAAUAAAUGUGUUGAGCAGUAUUUACGCUGCUACGUUGUUGAUUCUCCAAAGGAUUGGGUUAGCAUGCUGCCUUGGGCGGAGUACUGGUACAAUACUUCUUUUCAAACCUUCGCGGGUAUGUCUCCUUUUCAGGCAUUGUAUGGCCGCGCUCCUCCCACUAUAGCUCGUUAUGUUCUAGAUGGCAGUUCUCACGACCUAGUGGAACAGUUCUUCAUGCAUCGUGAUGAGGUCCUGGAGGCCCUCAAGACAAAUUUACUACGUGCUCAUGGUCGUAUGAAGAAUUUCGCUAAUCAAAAGCGCACGGAUGUCAUGAUGUAG